AUGGCCAAAAGAUUUGGCAGAGUAUUGUAUUAACAGCGUAACUUUAUAAGGAAAUGUAUUGUUGCGCUUUUCAGGGACAAAAAUAAGUGACGGUAAAAAGGGGAUGGUAUUAACGAGGUGGGGUUCCACUGACUGUAAAAUGAAGGGGAUAGCUGAUAUACAAUAUACAGAUAACUUAAAAGUUAACUUUUAAGUUAUCUGUACAUUGUAUAUCAGGUUAGCAAGUUAUCGAAGAGACUGUCGAAGCCAUUCAGAGGCAAGCCAGUGGGCAAGGAUCGCAAGCUAUCGAAGUAGAAGAGCCUGUCGAAGCUAUCCAGAGUCAAGCCAGUGGACAAGGUCAAACAUCAACAUCAACACAAGACGUCGAUAAGUCGAGCGAUAAACCGAAAUCAGUUUUGAUUAUUGGAGACUCCAUAAUUAAGCACAUAGACCCCCGAAAACUCUCCAAAAAGACAGUCUAUAAGCGGUCGUUUCCAGGUAAAAGAGUCGAAGAAAUACAUGAUGAAAUAGACAAUAUACAAAUGAACGAUGAACUAUCAUAUGUAAUUAUUCAUGUAGGUACGAAUAAUCUAUCAUCCGAAAGCGUAGACUCAUGUGUUCGAAAAAUACAAAAGCUGGCUUUGAAGACUCGCAGAAAAUUUCAAAAUUCAAAGAUUGGCAUCUCCAGCAUUAUACAUAGAGAUGAUAUCAAUGUGUCGGCAAAGUUAUCUGCAGUCAAUGGAAAGUUAAAGGAGAUGGCUAACAAUGAUGACUUUGUUUUUAUUGACAAUUCGCGUAUUGAUGGAACAUGCCUCAACGGCAGCAAACUACAUUUGAACGCAAAGGGAUCGGCUUAUUUAGCCAAUAAUUUUAUAAAAUUUAUUAGGCCAUUGGGAAAACGAGCGAAGCUGCAAACGGGUUUUUUAAACCCAAUACAUCAGCUGGGACAACUACUAACCCAGCUAACAACCCAACCAACGACAAUUCCACUAUACAAGAAACCUCGCCGUUAG